AUGGUGCGAACAAGAGCAAACCCAAAUGUCGAGGUUCAAGCUAAUCAAGGUGGUCGUGGUAAUCCAAGAGGUGGUCGUGGAGGCCAACAAGGAAGAGGCCGUGGUAGAGGCCGUGGUGGCGGCAUGGGUCAUGUCAAAAAUCCCGAUUUCGCCACUAUCAUUGCCAAACAGUUGGCAGCUUCAAUGCCAACUAUUGUGGAACAAGUGGCUGCCGCAAUGGGUGCUGUCCCGAAUCAGAAUCGAAGAGCACCUAAAGUUGUAGUUGAACCGGAGGGAGUUGAACCAGAGCAAGUGAACCAAGAACAAGAGGACUUUGACCCCGAAGUAGAGUUUGUUGGGGAUGGUGUGCAUGUGGGCCCUGGACUCAGGAGGUUUCCCAGAGAUGAUGAGUAUGCAAUGGGAAGAAGAGGUUGCAGUUACACCGAAUUCAAGAAGUGUGGUCCACAAGAUUUCAAUGGAAAAGGAGGGGCAAGUAGGGUAAGAUACACUGGGGGUUCAUUCACCGAUGAUGCACUGUCUUGGUGGAACACUUUGUUAGGAGCCCGGGAUAGAAUUGCUACUUUGGAAACACCUUGGGAUCAGUUUAAGGAAAUGAUGAAGAACCGCUUUUGUCCACUGAAUGAGAUGCAAAAGAUUGAACAAGAGUUUUGGCACCAUACAAUGGUGGGUUCUGGACAUGCAGAGUAUACCAGCAAGUUUCAAGAGCUAGCUAGAUUGGUACCUGACUUGGUGACUUAUGAGUCAAAGUUGAUUGAGAGAUACAUCUAUGGCCUCAUUCCUCAGAUUCGCAACACUAUGACUGGCAUUCCUUCUUACUCCAUUGAAGAAGCUAUUCGAAGGACCAGUGCUAUGACCGAUGAUUUGGUUAGGGCUGGAGCACUGGCAAGGUCUGGAGAGAAGAAGAGGGACUUUGGUGAAACCAAUAAGAGGAGAGAUUUCAGAACCGACAAGAGAACCAGAGUUGGCAAGGUGUUUGGAGCAGUUGAGCCAGGACAGAGGGCGUAUGUUGGCCAAUCUCUUUUGUGUGCUACUUGUACUUAUCAUCAUCCAGCAGCAAUGCCAUGUCGAUUUUGUCAGAAUUGUCAGAAGUUUGGGCACUUAGUCAAAGAUUGCAGAGCAGCCAAAAUUCCAGCGGCACCACUGAAUGUUGCACCAGUGAACAUCAGAAAUCCUCCAGCCAAUAGAGGGGCAUGCUAUGAGUGUGGCAGUAUUGAACACUAUCGCAAUGUUUGCCCCAGAGUUGCUAGACGACCCGCACCAGCCGCAGUCAAUCAGAAUCCACUACAAAUUGCAGCUCCUAAUCCACCGCGAGUUAACCAAGCCCAGCAUGCCAGGGGCCGAGUCUUUGCUUUGAAUGUUGUGGAAGCUGCUAAUGAUCCAAACGUUGUCACGGGUACUUUUCUCUUAAAUAACCAUUUAGCUACUGUGUUAUUCGAUUCGGGUGCCGACUACAGCUUUAUCUCCACUAACUUUGUGUGCUCUAUAAAUGUGAAAUCUAUUCGUACACAUGCAUAUUACGAAAUUGAAGUAGCUAGUGGUGGAAUCUCUAAACUUAACCAAAUUCUGCCUAAAUGUGUGUUAACACUUGAUACUCAUUCAUACUAUAUAGACUUAGUCCCAUUUGAUAUGUGUAGUUUCGAUGUAAUCGUAGGGAUGGAUUGGUUAUCCCUCGUAGAUGCAACCAUUGUAUGUCGCACAAAAAUCCUUAGAAUCCCCUUAAGUGGGGGAGGCUUACUAGAAAUCCAAGGUGAACGAUCUGAGUCAAACAAGCGAAAUCUAAUGAGUACGACAACUGAAGUAAUCAAACUAGCAGAUAUUCCGAUAGUCCAUGAAUUUCCCGACGUAUUUCCUGAUGACGUUCAGGGAUUGCCUCCGUCUCGACAAGUUGAAUUUCGAAUCGAUCUCCUACCCAAUGCAACUCCAGUAUCAAAGACACCAUACCGUUUAGCUCCCUCUGAAAUGCAAGAACUCGCGACACAGUUGCAAGAGUUACAAGACAAGGGAUUCAUUCGGUCGAGUUCUUCACCUUGGGGUGCACCGGGCUACCAUCAGCUAAGAGUCCGUGAAGAAGAUGUACCAAAAACAGCGUUUAGCACGAGAUAUGGACACUUUGAGUUUUUGGUGAUGCGGUUUGGAUUAACAAACACACUUGCCGUUUUCAUGGACCUAAUGAACCGCGUAUGCAAGGCAAACGUAGUAGCAGAUGCCUUGAGUAGGAAGGAAAGAGUUAAGCCAAGACGAAUUAGAGCCAUGAGCAUUACCGUGCACAACAGUUUGAAGAGUAGGAUUGUUGGAGCGCAAGUAGAAGCUAUCAAGAAAGAAAACAUUGACAAAGAAGGGUUACGAGGUAUGGGAGCACAAUUUGAGCAAAGAGAAGAUGUAGCAAUUUAUUUUGCUGAUAGACUAUGGGUUCCGAUGUUUGGUGGAUUAAGAAAGUUGAUAAUGGACAAAGCGCACAAAUCAAGAUAUUCUAUUCAUCCAGGAAUGGACAAGAUGUAUCAAGACCUUCGAGAUUUAUUCUGGUAG